GAGUGAGUUGGAGUCAAGCACACAGUGGCGGGUAUCUUCGCAGCCGAUUUUGUUUAACCGACUGUUUUUCUUAGUUGCUGAUAUCUGGGAUGCAUCUAUUACUUGUCUAUAAUUAAUUAUAAAUGGAUUUACAGACUGUUUAUACGGAAGGACAUGUCUUCAAAGAAAAUAAAUUGAAGUUUGCUAAAUAUUCGGGGUUUCCCAGAUAUUCGGAGCUUGUUAAUAUUCAGAAACAGUUUGAUCGACCAAAAGAUGAGAAUGGUUUGUAUCCUGCUCGGAAUGGAAUCCAUAUUAUUCAUAAAAAGAGGAAAGCAGACGACGCCAAUUUGCAGAUUCACGAUGGCUCUUCUGCACCAAGGUUACACCGUUUGCAUGUUCCUUCUUCUCCUAGUGGUCAUUUACAUGGUCAUUUGGGAGCUCAUGUUGGCUCGUUUUUACAGCAUCAGGCAUGUACUUACAACGCAUCUGAUAUCUCUGCAAUAAAUGCCCCAAUAAAUGACAUCUCAAGUAGUGCUAUGCAGUUCUCGAGUAUGAAUACGCUGCCGGCUGCAACUACAAAGGCGAACUCAAAGCUAACUACAACUGAAGGUGACUAUGCCAUAGUUGUCGGGGAGAUGCUCAAUUCUGGUAGCGAGGCAUAUGAGGUUCUUUCAUUUCUCGGGCGAGGGACUUUCGGCCAGGUUGUUAAGUGCCGCUGUCGAUCAACGAGUCGCUAUGUAGCUAUCAAGAUAUUGAAGAAUUUACCUUCCUAUUUAAGACAAGGCAAUAUAGAGAUUCAAAUUUUGCAAACACUGGCUCAACAGGAUACGGAGUCUCAUAAUAUUGUCAGGGCAAUUGAAUGCUUUCAACAUAGAAACCAUAUGUGCUUCGUGUUUGAGUUAUUGGAUCAAAACUUAUAUGAGUAUCUCAAGUCAAAUAAGUUUCGUCCAUUGACGCUUCCUGAGAUCCGCCCCAUUUCUCAGCAGGUUCUCACGGCUCUAUCAAAGUUAAAAACUCUUGGUUUAAUUCAUGCUGAUUUGAAACCGGAAAAUAUAAUGUUAGUGAAUCCAAACUCAGAAAACAUGCGUUACAGAGUUAAAGUGAUUGACUUUGGUUCUGCAUGCCAUAGCUCCAAAGCUGUUCAAAACACUUACCUUCAGUCGCGUUACUAUCGUGCUCCUGAAAUCCUUCUGGGUUUACCUUUUGAUGAAGCAAUUGAUAUGUGGUCACUGGGAUGUGUUUUAGCUGAGCUUUUCCUCGGCUGGCCUUUAUAUCCUGGUUCAUCUGAAUAUGAUCAAAUGAGAUACAUAGUAGAAACUCAAGGUUUACCCCCUUCUGAUAUGUUGAAAAAUGCUGGAAAAUGCAACACAUUUUUUGUACGUGAUCAUUAUCGAUGUGAUUGGCGGUUAAAGACUCCGGAAGAAUAUGCUUCUGAAACUGGUCAGCAAGCUAAAGAGGCUAGAAAAUAUUUCUUCAAUUCUCUAAAUCAAAUCCGUGAUGUAAAUGGGCAUUCUGCGUCUGACGAAUCAGAUCUUGAUAUCGUCGAUCGCCAGCAAUUUACUUAUCUUUUAACAGAGAUGCUAAAAAUGCGUCCAUGUGAUCGAAUAACACCUGAUAUGGCCCUUCAACAUUCGUUCGUAACUAUGACUCACCUUCACUGUCAGCCUUUCGCUAAAAGAACCCAAGAAUCUCUCACAUUGAUGCAGGUUUGUCAUGGUAACGCACGUAGGCAGCAUGCAACUGAUUUUAAUUCCAAUUCGAAAUGUAUAUCUUUAUCACAGAAGGUUGUUAGCACUUUCCCGGAAACUCUUCACUAUGUUACUUCAAAUAUUAUUGAUACUCGAAAUGCAUUGUCUACACAAAUUAACAACCACCCAUAUCAUCAGGCUAAUCACUCAUCUAACUGUCGGGCUGAUGCUAGAGCUGCUUACUAUGCCGCCGCAGCAGCAGCAGCGGCUGCUUUUUCGGCGAAAUCAACUUCACAACUCAUUCCAAUUCCUAAUAGUAAUUCAUCCGGCUUCUCAUGCUUGCAUCAGUACUCUUCACUGAAUGCCAUCAAUGAAACUAAUCAUGUGUCUCUUCCUGCGACAGAAUCUGGUAACGUCAUUGAAUGUACUCCUGCAACUAUAAUUAUUUCUCAGAACAAAUCUGAGGUUUGUGCGAGACCGAGUCAAGUAACUGCUGAUAGUUUACCGGCUACGUAUGCUUCUCCAAUGCAACGUUCUCUUUCGUUCUACGACUUGGUAACUGCUGGUGGUGCUGGUAGUGCAUUAUCCCUACUAAAUGCUGUCACCGCACCUGCGCCAUCACCAUUUUUAAUUAGUAACUCCAUUCCAGCUCCAAGAGCGCAGCCACUGACUUCUGUCUCGACAAACACUUCACAAACAAACCAUAUCCGACAAAUGCUACAUCAUCCUCUCCACUCUGUUUAUAUUCAACCUGAACUCAGCAGGUUAUCUGAAGGCGACAAUUCAUUUAUGUUGGAUAUUGUAGGUCGAGAAAAAGGUAAUGGGGCUUGUACUGCUCGUCAAGAGUCCGUUGAUGUUACGUGUAAACCGAAUACUGGUUUAUGUGAUACUCUGUGUGCUUUAGUAAAUCAGCGACAUUUAUAUCAAUAUCCCGCAACUGCUGUUGCAGCCUUAGCUGUGGCUCAUCACCAGCAAAAUUUCAACAAUAAUCAAAAACAUCCCUCUACUUUAUUUAAGUCCACCCGCAGCAGUGGAUCUGACUUUGUUAACAAUGUUUCCAGAAGAUGUAGUGAGUGUCAUGGAGCUUGUCCAUCACAUUUGGUCAAAGGUCCAUUGACCAAUUCGAGAAUCAGUGAGAUAGUUCGACCGGACCUUAAUUGUUCCCGUGCUCCAAUGUAUGAAGUUCAUGGAUCAGUAACUCAACAGUCUCUGUCACGCCAGGACUCUACUUCAUUUCAUUAUCAAGAUCAACAACCUCACAUGGUCAACCAUAGUGAUGUCCACAAACAUUCUGUUACUCAAGUCCAACCGAACAAUCCUUUUGUGAACGAUACAGAUUGCAUGCCUAUGAAUUUAGUAACAAACAACUCAGAACCGGUUGUAAAUAAUGCUGUCAAUUUGUCAAUGCUUCCUCCAAGUUCUUCGUAUAACUCCAAUCGCAUGAAACGUCAGUCUGUCGCUAUAAAUUCUAGUUCUGAGAAUGUAGAUAGAAUUUCUCAUAGUUUAGUCCAACAUGAUGCAUUCAGCUGUCCUUCAGAAAUUAUAUCAAAUCCUAAUGCUAUCAAAUCGGAUUGCGGAUUUCCGGGGUAAGUUUGAAUGCUUAGAAAUGUUAGAAAAUAUUCAGAAAUUUUAUACGAAUAUUUGUCAAGAUUAGAACGAAUAGUUUGACAAAAAUUGGGCACCGGAGUAUAGAGAUCACCAAGUCCCACAAAUCUCUUUGAAUAUUGAUUAUACGUGAAAAUUAUAUUUAAAAUAAUAUCAGCGAUUGAAAUUUAAAUAAUUCCAACGUUUCGUCCAAUUAACUUGUCUGGAUAAAAGACAACAAAAAGUCAGUAGUGUGUUAUUGAAAAUACAAGUUUGAAUUAGGACAACCACGUAUAUGUCGCCAUAAAUAACGGAAUUUCGGUUGUUCAUUUACUCUGAAGAAAUGGCUUACAUUAGGUCAAGAAACGUCGGAAAUACAACUUUUCUACUCAUUGGGAUGUGACAAAAAUAUAUUUAUUAUUGACUCUACUCAAUGCUCAAUUUAUUUGAAACUAUGAAGUCUAACCUUAGUAUUAAUACCUAUUUACUGACUGUUUUUUACAAUAGUUUUGCAAGUUUAAACUUCUAUUUUUUCGUAAUUGAAAUUGUCGUUUUCCUAUUAGUAAGUUUCUUAUUCGUUUUCAAGUUUUCUACGCAUUUGUUAACUUAGAUCAAUCAUUUUUGGUAUCUACCAAUUACUACAGAAUUAUCUUUUGAGUAGCCUUGGCUAAUAAAGAAAGGGUAAUUGUUGUAUCCAAGUAUUUUAAUCAUAGCUAGGAGGCGUCAUAUUUGUAUUAGGAAACAUUACAUCCAGGCUUUUCUCAACCAACAAAACCUAAUAGCAUUUACCAGCUUUUGUGUUGCUAGUGGCUUCGUGUAUUCAACUCAAAUUGUUUGUUUUUUAACGGUUCGAAAUUGUAAUAUACUCAUCGUCACUGAUGUCUAGUUAUGCUUAGCUCUUCCUAUCAUUUAUUUCAUGAAUAAGAUUAAUAAUAAUUUGGCAGCCAAUUUACAACUUUGUGUAAAGUUCUUCAAACUACAACUUAUACAGAUUAAAAGUACUACUGCUGUAGAUGCAAAAUCUAAGUAAAAUGGCGUCCGAAAAACGAAGUGAAAGAUGUAUAUUUUAGCUGUCUGACCAUCACUUCACGUAUACCGCAAAUUGGUUACUGUUACAAAUAAUUAACCCUUUUAAUUUUUUUAAAUUUGUAAAUUAUUUUGGGAAUAUAUCUUGUAAUUUAUCUUAGGGCGUACAAGUCAACCUUCGAUUUGAUGUGCCAACAGCGUUCCGAUAAAAAAAGUAGGUUCAUUUUCAUGGUUAUUUUCAAUAUUUUGAUGUGAACACGUGUAGCCUUAUAAUCACAUUCAAACUGUGCCUAAGAUUUUUAAUAAUAAUAGUUAACUAAAUCUAUACGUUCUUACUGAAUUUUCUACGUGAAUCCCAGAGUCCUACUCAGGCGUAUCGUAAUUUUGAUGGGCAAGUUUUCGUACACCAUAAGUUAACUGAGCGUUCACUUUUUGUUUUGGGUCAUGAUUUUCGGUUUCAAUGUAGUUUUCAUAUAAUAGAUGUGAUCCAUUGUUUACUUCUCGCCAGUUUGAGGAUUGUUAACGAAGGCAUUGGUAUCGUUUUUGGUUUUUAAAUCUUCUAUCCAAAAAAUUAUGUAAAG